UUUGUUCAUCUUUUUCUGUUUUGCAUCAUGUUUAUGGUUUUUGUUUUCUGUUUGGAAUUUAUUGUCUGUUUUCCAUUUUUCAUUUGUUGUCUGUUUUUAAUAUGUUUUCUGUUUUUAAUCUGAAAGGUAACCUUUUGUUUUCUGUUUUGAAUCUGUUUUAUUUUUCCUCUUUUCUAUUUUGAAUCUUUUGAUGCUUCAUGUUUUUAAUUUGUUUUAUGUUUUUUGUUUUAUUUAUGUCUUAGGCUAUAAUAACUGUUGUGGCAGCAGUUCUACCAAAAGCAGAGCACAGACAAUGUGCGAGGCACAUAUUUGCUCAUUGGCAUAAAGCUUACCAAGGUGAUGAAAUGAAGCUUAUAUUCUGGAAAAUUGCAAAGGCGUACAACCUUGCUGACUACAAUGAUGUCAUGGAGGAACUAACACAGUUAAAUGUGGAUGCUGCCACUGCAUUUAAGGGCUACAAACCAUAGGUUUAUUGUCGAGCUUUCCUAGAUGCUUCAAUGAAAACAGACGCAAUAACCUCCAACAUAGCAGAGACAUUCAAUGGCUAUAUUAUUCAAGCCAGAACCAAACAUCUGAUCUUCAUGUUAGAAGACAUCAAGAACAACUUGAUGCAAAAGCUGGUGUUGAAAAGACAGCAAAUGGAGAAGUCGACAUCAAUCCUCUGCCCAAGAAUUAAACAGAAGCUUGAAAAGGAGAAGGAAAAGGCUGCAAACUGUGAUGUUAUACCCUCAACGGAUACCUUGUUCAAUGUCAAUUACUAUCCAGAUCAGUUGGUGGUUGACUUAGAAGCGAGGACAUGUUCAUGCAGAAAGUGGCACAUGCUUAUAAUUCCAUGUUGUCAUGCCAUUGCGUGUAUCUUUUUCCAGAACAAGGAAGCCGAAGUGUUUGUUGACCAAUGCUUCCGGAGAGAAGAAUACUUAACUGCAUAUGCAGGUUCAGCUCCACCUAUUGACGGAGAAAGGUAUUGGCCAACAAUUGAAUACCAUUUGGAUCCCCCUCCCAUCAAAAUAGGGCCAGGCAAACCAAGGAGAAAUAGGGUCAAGGAUCCUUUUGAGAACCCGAAGAAGCCUGGUCACCUAACAAGGACCGGGAUGGAAAUGACUUGUAGUGUGUAUAAAGUCAAAGGGCAUAACAAAAGAAGGUGUCCUAACAGAGACAUUGCUGUUAUUGUAGAACCAGCCCCUAAAAGGCCUAGGGGUAGACCAAGGCAUGAUGGUCAGCCCCCUAACUCUCGUGCUCUAUCUGUUAUUGCCCCAUCAUCUACAGUUGCUCAAGCUACAACACCUACACCACAAUACAUAGGCCACACACAACCACUUCUGCAGUUGCAUCUUCUCGAAUAACUCGAUCGAGUAAUACUCAACAUCAUUCUUCUUCAUGUCAACUUACGUAACUUGGUAGAGGUGGGAGGAUGGUUCUAGGUGGUAGGGGUUUUAGGGGUGGAAGUAUUGGAAGGGGAAGGGGCAACACUGGAGGGAGGGGAAAAAACAAAGUAAGUUGGUGUUUGCAUUUCCUACUGUUUAAUGUAGUUUGUUUGCAAUUUUUUUUUUUUUACUUCUUCAUCUGACAGGUACCUGUUGGUGUUGGAAUGUACGUUGCCUCUAAUGGGACAGGAAUGACAAGUGGAGGAAGAGGGAGAGUGAGGGGUAAACAGCAGGAGGCAUCACCUAUUGGAACACAGUCGAGCCAAGUUUCCAGUGGUCAUCAACCAACUCAGUAGGACAACUAACGAUGUGUGCACCAGGGGCAAAAUCAAAAAUUUGUGCAGCAACAGAAGCUAACAGUAGCAGCAGCCAGAAGUCAAGAAUUGCUAAUUUAAAGUCAGCUAUGGGCUUGUUUUGUGUAGUUUAGAAAACAUAAAUUAAGCAAGAAUUAAGUUUGUAUUUUGGUAGAUAUUGCACACUAAAACAGCAAUUAAGUUGACGAGUAUUUUUGGUAGAUUUUGCCUUCUUAUUUUGUGUAGUUCACAACAUAUGUGUUGGAAAUUAUUGAAUC